UCCUCGUCUCCGCCACUUCCCCCUGCCCUCCCGCCCCCACGAAAUCUGGAACUCCUUCCCGGACGCCAUUGCCAACCUUUCUCCUCCAGCGCAAGGAAACCGCGCCACAGGGAGGAGGCGGGCGGUGGAAUUACCGUCACCAAUUCGGAAGCCGCGCCGUCGGCGGGUGGAAUCGGGCCGAAAUGUCCGGCUUCGUGGGGGUCGUCGUCUCCGAUCCCUCGCUGCAGGGGCAGUUCACGCAGGUCGAGCUCCGAUCGCUCAAGGCCAAGUUCGUGUCGCUGAAGCGGGAAUCGGGCCAUGUCACCACCAAGAACCUCCCGGCGCUCAUGAAGAAGCUGAGGGGGCUCAACGAAGUGGUCUCCGAGGAGGAGAUCGCCGCCUUCCUGUCGGAGUCGUACCCCGACAGCGACCAGGAGAUUGAGUUCGAGUCCUUCCUCCAUAAGUACCUGAAUCUGCAGGCAAGGGUGAGCGCCAAGGAAGGAGGCGCCGCCGGCACCGGCGGCGGGGCUGGCCGCGGCAAGAACUCGUCGUCCUUCCUCAAAUCCACCGUCACUACGCUGCUGCACAAUCUCAACCAGGCGGAGAAGUCUUCGUAUGUGGCGCAUAUUAACACGUACCUGCGCGAAGACCCGUUCCUGAAGAAGUACUUGCCAAUCGACCCGUCCGGCAACCAGCUAUUUGAUCUUAUUAGGGACGGUGUUGUGCUCUGUAAGUUGAUCAAUGUGGCUGUACCUGGGACCAUUGAUGAGCGGGCAAUAAAUAAGAAAAGAGUUCUUAACCCAUGGGAGAGGAAUGAAAACCACACGCUCUGCCUCAACUCUGCCAAGGCCAUUGGAUGUACUGUUGUCAACAUUGGUACCCAGGAUUUAGUGGAAGGAAGGCCUCAUUUAGUUCUUGGAUUGAUAUCUCAAAUCAUAAAGAUUCAACUUUUGGCUGAUCUUAAUCUCAAGAAGACGCCGCAGUUGGUGGAAUUGUUCGAUGACAGCAAGGAUAUAGAUGAAGUUUUGAGCCUGUCACCAGAAAAAAUGCUGCUAAAAUGGAUGAACCAUCAUCUGAAAAAAGCUGGCUACAAGAAAACUGUUAACAAUUUCUCUUCAGAUGUGAAGGAUGGUGAAGCCUAUGCUUAUCUUCUAAAAGCUCUUGCUCCAGAGACCUCCCCUGAAACAACAGUGGAGACUAAGGAUCCUGACGAGAGGGCAAAAAUGGUUCUAGAACAAGCAGAAAAGUUGGACUGCAAAAGAUACCUUACACCAAAGGAUAUCACUGAGGGUUCUGCCAACUUGAAUCUUGCAUUUGUUGCACAAAUAUUCCAGCAUCGGAAUGGUCUAACUAGUGACAUUAAACAAGUUACACUCACGCAGUCAGCAACACGUGAUGAUGUUUUAGUAUCCAGAGAGGAGAGGGCCUUCAGGAUGUGGAUCAACAGCCUUGGCGUGGAAACAUACGUGAAUAAUGUUUUUGAAGAUGUUCGCAAUGGAUGGGUACUUCUUGAAGUACUUGACAAAGUUUCUCCAGGAUCUGUCAAUUGGAAGUUAGCAUCAAAACCUCCAAUUAAAAUGCCAUUUAGGAAACUGGAGAAUUGCAAUCAAGUUAUAAAAAUCGGGAAGGAUCUAAAAUUUUCAUUAGUAAAUUUAGCUGGGAACGAUAUUGUUCAGGGAAAUAAGAAAUUGAUAGUUGCACUUCUGUGGCAAUUGAUGAGAUUUAAUAUCCUUCAGUUGCUAAACAGACUGAGAUCCCACUCCCAAGGAUCCCAAGGAAAACAGAUUACUGAUUCGGAUAUACUAAACUGGGCCAACAACAAAGUGAAAGCAUCAGGAAGAACAUCUCGAAUCGAAAGCUUCAAGGAUAAGAGCUUAUCAAAUGGAGUGUUCUUCCUCGAACUUCUUAGUGCAGUUCAGCCAAGGGUUGUGAACUGGAAAGUAGUUACAAAGGGGGAAGCAGAUGAUGAGAAGAAGCUAAAUGCUACCUACAUCAUCAGUGUUGCAAGAAAGCUUGGAUGUUCUGUCUUCCUACUGCCAGAGGACAUUAUAGAGGUGAACCAGAAGAUGAUCCUAACUCUUACUGCUAGCAUUAUGUACUGGAGCCUACAGAGAACGCCACUAUCACAAUCUGAUAUGAUUGAACCAUCGGAGCCAUCUAGCAUGGCUUCUGAUGCUGCUUCUGAUAUUGGUUCGGAGGAUGGCGCCUCAACAGCAGCACCAUCUGAGUGCGAAGAGGUGAACUCAUUGUCUGAUGGUAUGUCCAACCUCACCACAGAUGAUGCUACUUCAAAUGCCCCACCUGCAGAAAAUGGAAGUGAUGAAGCUGGAUCCUGAUGAUCAUAUGUUCGUUGUCGUCGUAGUGCUGUCCAUCAUUAGUUCUAUAUACAAGGAUUGGUUGGUACUUGCUGGUGUCAAAAGUUGCUGCUGCCAGAAGUGAUUUUUUCUCCUGCUUUCCAGGUAGCAUAAUAGGUACACAUACAGAUAGAUGUAGCCGCCGUUUGUUCAUUAAUUUUUUUGCUUAAUAGUACUAUACGAGAGUAAGAAACACACACAAAAUCGUAGACAUGGGCCACCGGCCUGGUGGCCAUUCCCUGUACACUCUUUAGUACACUUUGAUGUCGAAGCUCCAUUACCCAACCUGUGUCUUGUCGGUCCAUGUGCUCGGUUUUUCUCCAUUUGUACUGCCUUGGCCAUUACCAUUUGUACUGAUCUGUCGCUGCUGUGGACCAUGCGUGAGCUGUACAUAACAUGUUGAAGGAAUUUGUGGCAUGUCGAGGAAUUAUUGUACACAUUGUGGUA